UAUGAACUUAGAAUAACUAACAAUAUUUUUCCCUCAAAAAUAAAAUAAAAAUGAACAGUAUUUCCACCUACAAACAGCAAACACACCAAUGUCCCCAGCUAUAUAUAAGUAUGAUUCCCCACUCUCUCAAAUAAAAAACGUUCUACAAAAAGUCCAAAAACAUCAUUUUUAUGGAGAGACUUUCUAUACAUACUUCAUACUUGUAUGUCUGAACACUAAGAAGUUUCUGAUUUUGUUUUUGUUUCUGGUAGUACAAUUUUGUUCGUUUUCACUACCAUUCUUUUGUUUUUGUCGCAUUUUUAUGUCAAUGAUAGGAAGUAACAAGGAGAGUAUGGUGACGAAAAACAAAAAAGCGUCAAUAUGGACCAUCUUCAUGCAUGCCGACGGUGUAGAUUUAGUUUUGAUGUUUUUUGGGUUGAUCGGAGCCGUUGGUGAUGGUUUUACAUUGCCGUUGACAUUGUUUAUCACUAGUAAGUUGAUGAACAAUAUUGGUGCUACUUCUAAUCUUCUUAGCACCGAUGUCUUCACUCACCAUAUUAACCAGAAUGCAGCAGUUCUAUGUAUGGUGGGAGCAGGAGCAUGGAUUCUUUGUUUCCUUGAGGGAUAUUGUUGGACAAGGACAGCUGAAAGGCAAGCUGCGAGAAUGAGAUACAGAUACUUGAAAGCAGUGCUAAGGCAAGAUGUGGGCUACUUCGAUUUGCAUGUUGGUAGUACUUCUGAAGUCAUCAUUAGUGUUUCUAGUGAUAGCCUAGCCAUUCAAGAUGUAAUAAGUGAAAAGGUACCAAAUUUUGUGAUGAACACAUCCACUUUUAUCGGAAGCUAUUUGGCGGCAUUUCUGUUGCUAUGGAAGCUAGCAAUAGUUGGGUUCCCCUUCAUCAUUCUCCUCAUUAUUCCGGGGUUGUUGUACGGCAGAAUAUUGAUGGGUUUAGCUAGAAAGCUAACUCUCGAAUACAGUAAGGCAGGAAGCAUAGCAGAGCAAGCAAUAUCUUCUAUAAGAACAGUGUAUGCAUUUGUAGGAGAGAGGAAAACAAUGACCAAGUUCUCAACCGCUUUGGAAGGGUCAGUAAAGUUGGGGCUUAAGCAAGGUUUGGCUAAAGGUUUGGCGAUUGGUAGCAACGGUGUGAGCUUUGCCGUUUGGGCCUUCAGUACUUGGUAUGGCAGCAAGCUUGUCAUGUAUCAUGGUGCUCAAGGUGGUACUGUCUUUGUUGUCGGCGCUGCGCUCUCUGUUGGAGGACUGGCUCUUGGUUCCGGUCUAUCAAACAUCAAGUACUUCUCAGAAGCUGCUUCAGCUGGAGAGAAAAUAAUGGAGGUCAUAAAGAGAAUACCGGAGAUUGAUUCUGAAAAUAUGGAGGGACUUACCUUGGACAAUGUUUCCGGGAAGGUGGAGUUUAAGCAUGUCGAGUUUGUUUACCCUUCAAGACCGGAAUCUAUAAUUUUUCGGGACUUUUCACUGCAAGUUCCUGCAGGGAAGACGGUAGCUUUAGUCGGGGGAAGUGGCUCGGGUAAAUCCACUGCAGUAGCUUUGCUCCAAAGGUUUUAUAAUCCACUUGGUGGGGAGAUACAUUUAGAUGGAGUGUCUAUUGAUAAGCUGCAACUCAAGUGGUUGAGAUCACAGAUGGGGUUAGUGAGCCAGGAACCUGCACUUUUUGCCACCACAAUUAAGGAGAACAUACUUUUUGGCAAAGAAGAUGCUAGUGUGGAAGAGGUUAUUGAAGCUGCAAAAGCAUCUAAUGCCCACAAUUUCAUUAGCCAAUUGCCUCUAGGCUACGAUACACAGGUUGGAGAAAGAGGAGUUCAAAUGUCAGGAGGACAAAAGCAAAGGAUAGCAAUAGCAAGAGCCAUAAUAAAGAAACCUCGCGUCCUUCUCCUAGAUGAGGCCACUAGUGCUUUAGACUCCGAAUCAGAAAGAGUUGUACAAGACGCCCUUGACAUGGCUGCUCUGGGACGGACCACAAUAGUCAUUGCCCACCGACUGUCUACAAUUCGAAAUGCUGAUAUCAUCGCAGUCCUCCAAAAUGGGCAGGUAAUGGAGAUUGGUUCACAUGAUGUGUUGAUGCAACGCAAGGAGGGGUUGUACACUUCACUUGUCCGCUUACAACAGAUGGAAAAAUCUAAAGAUGAGAAACUAGGUGUACCUCAUCCUUCCACUUCAAACUCAUCCAUUCUCAACAAUAUUGAGUCAAGAUAUAGUACGAGUAGCCGUAGACUCUCCUUGGUGAAUAGGUCGAGUUCAGCUAACUCAGUUACGUCAGUUGAUGACUCGAUCGAUGAACUUGAUAUUAAGCCAACGGGUGAAGAGAAAUUUCUUGCACCAUCAUUUAAAAGAUUACUGGCUCUGAAUGCACCUGAAUGGAAACAAGCGACUUUGGGGUGUAUUGGUGCCAUGCUUUUUGGGGCAGUCCAACCACUUUAUGCAUUCGCUAUGGGGUCGAUGAUAUCUGUGUAUUUCUUGCCAGAUAAUGAAGAGAUUAAGAGGCAGACUACCAUAUAUGCCUCAUGUUUUCUUGGUUUAGCAGUGUUCACAUUGUUGGUGAAUAUAGUUCAGCAUUAUAAUUUUGCGUACAUGGGUGAGUUCUUGACUAAGAGGGUACGAGAAAUGAUGCUUUCCCGGAUGCUUACUUUUGAAGUUGGAUGGUUCGAUCGAGAUGAAAACGGUACUGGUACUAUAUGCUCUAGGCUUGCUAAGGAUGCCAAUGUGGUGAGAUCUUUGGUGGGAGAUAGGAUGGCUCUUGCAGUUCAAACCAUUUCAGCAGUUGUAAUAGCAUUCACAAUGGGCUUAAUCAUUGCUUGGAGACUAGCCAUUGUCAUGAUAGCAAUCCAACCCCUUAUUAUAAUCAGUUUCUACACAAGACGAGUUCUACUUAAAAGCAUGUCAAAGAAGGCAAUCAAGGCCCAAGAUGAGAGUAGCCAGUUGGCUGCUGAAGCUGUAUCAAACCUCCGUACCGUCACUGCUUUUUCAUCCCAAGCCCGUAUCCUAGCAAUGCUCUCAAAAGCUCAGGAAGGCCCUCGAAAGGAAAGUAUUCGACAGUCAUGGUAUGCAGGCAUUGGACUUGGGACAUCUCAAGGCAUGAACAUAUGUGCUUGGGCCAUGGAUUUUUGGUAUGGUGGUAAGCUUAUAGCCCAAGGAUACCUCACUGCCAAGGAAUUGUUCGAGACCUUUAUGAUCCUAGUUAGCACAGGCCGUGUCAUAGCUGAUGCCGGGAGCAUGACUACAGACCUUGUAAAGGGGGCGGAUGCAGUCCGGUCAGUUUUUGCUGUCUUAGACCGUAUCACGCACAUUGAUCCUGAUAAUCCUGAAGGGUACAUUCCUCAAAAAAUAAGCGGUCACAUAGAGAUCCGCGAUGUGGAUUUCUCAUACCCUACUAGGCCGGACGUGGUGAUCUUCAAGGGCUUCUCAAUCAAUAUUGAAGCUGGGAAAUCAACAGCAUUGGUUGGCCAAAGUGGUUCAGGCAAGUCAACCAUCAUUGGAUUGAUUGAAAGGUUCUAUGAUCCUCUUAAGGGAUCCGUUAAAAUCGAUGGACGUGACAUACGAACAUACAACCUUAGGUCCUUAAGAAAGCAUAUAGCUCUAGUAAGCCAAGAACCUACAUUAUUUGCUGGUACCAUAAGGGAGAAUAUAAUCUACGGAGCCAGUGAUAACGUCGAAGAAUCAGAAAUCAUCGAGGCAGCGAAGGCAGCCAAUGCAGAUGAUUUCAUAUCUGGACUAAAAGAUGGGUACGAUACAUGGUGUGGAGAUAGAGGAGUUCAAUUAUCAGGAGGACAAAAGCAAGGAAUAGCAAUAGCAAGGGCUAUUUUACGAAACCCUGCUGUAUUAUUGCUAGAUGAAGCAACAAGUGCACUUGACAGUCAAUCAGAAAAGAUUGUGCAAGAUGCACUUGAAAGAGUCAUGGUUGGUAGGACAAGUGUUGUAGUGGCUCAUAGAUUGAGUACCAUACAAAAUUGUGAUCUCAUUGCUGUGCUGGAUAAAGGGAAGAUUGUAGAGAAAGGAGCACAUUACUCUCUUUUGGCUAAGGGACCCAAAGGGGCUUAUUAUUCAUUAGUGAAUCUUCAAAGAACAUCAUAUCCUGAAAGUAAAGAAAUUUAGGAGAUUAAUAUGCAAUGUUAGAUUUCCCAUCUUUACAAAAAUGUAAUAUUAACCAAUGGAGCUUCACUGGGGAGCUUCAUUUGGGUGUUAAUUAGAUGUAUAAUUUUAUAUAUAUAUGACAUAUUUAGCUUCCAA